UUAAACAUCUCUAUCGGUCAAGUUGUAAAGUUUCUGCUUAUCAAUCACAUUACAUUUAUAACUGUUCUCACUUUUAUUUGUACCCCUAUUCCAUCUCUCUAUUGAUUGUCACUUUCAGUGAGUGAAUCAGUAAGUGUGAAACAAGGAGAAGACCAAGAAUAUAGAGGAAAACAGGGCAAAGAAGAAGAGUUCAAAGCAAUUAAUGAAAAUACAUGGGCUGCAGUAAGCUUAUAGUAAAUGGCAAGUAUAAGAAGAGUACAAGUUGGUCGUAAAAGAAUACCAGAUUCUUGGUCAAGAAGUUGUGAACAUACUUAUUGCCAAGUCUACCACUGCUACAGUAGCUCCAAUUGGAGAGAUGCUGGACAAAUUGCUUCAAGUGGUUUGUGGCAAGAACCAUGAGCCUACAAUAGAAGAUAACAACUUUAACAAUAAUACCAAUGGGAAGAAAGUCAGAGGGACAGUUGUAUUGAUGAAAAAGAAUGUAUUGGACUUGAAGGAUGUUGGUGCUUCUUUCCUUGAUAGAGUUCAUGAAGUCUUUGGCAAAGGUGUCUCUUUGCAGCUCAUCAGUGCUGACCAUGCAGAAUCUGGAAAUGGAUGUAAAGGGAAGUUGGGAAAACCAGCAUUCUUGGAGAAAUGGAUGUCCACUUUGACUUCAAUAUCAGCGGGAGAUGCUACAUUUAAUGUGACAUUUGACUGGGAUGAGUCCAUGGGAGUUCCUGGAGCUUUCAUAAUCAAAAACUAUCACCACAGCCAGUUUUACCUCAGGACAGUCAUUUUAGAAGAUGUUCCUGGACAUGGUCAACUUCAUUUUGUGUGUAAUUCAUGGGUGUAUCCAGCACAUCGCUACAAAUACAACCGAGUAUUUUUUUCAAACAAGACAUACCUGCCAAGCAACACACCGGAACCCCUUCGACCAUACAGGGAAGAGGAGCUUCUUAAUCUUCGUGGAAGCGGUUCAGGCAUGCUCAAGGAGUGGGACAGAGUGUAUGAUUAUGCAUUCUACAAUGAUCUAGGAUUUCCAGAUAAGGGGCCGGAAUCUGUUCGUCCUGUGCUUGGUGGGUCGAAGGAAUACCCAUAUCCUCGUAGAGGCAGGACAAGCCGUCGACCAACUAAAACAGAUCCUAACUCAGAGAGCCGGUUGCCACCUUUAGGUUUGAACAUAUAUGUUCCACGGGACGAACGUUUCACUCAUGUGAAGCUUUCGGAUUUCCUUGCAUAUGCUGUUAAAUCUCUGGGUCAGGUCCUCAUUCCUGAGAUUGUUGCUUUAUUUGACAAAACCUUCAACGAGUUUGAUAGCUUUGAAGACGUACUCAAGCUCUAUGAAGGUGGAAUUAAGCUGCCUGACCAUCAUUUAAACAAACUCAGGCAAUGUAUCCCAUGGGAGAUGCUCAAAGAACUAGUCCGCUCCGAUGGUGAACCAUUUCUCAAAUUUCCGAUGCCUGAUGUAAUCAAAGUGGAUAGGUCUGCCUGGAGGACAGAUGAAGAGUUUGGACGGGAAAUGCUAGCUGGAGUCAACCCUGUUAUCAUUCGACGUCUUCAGGAGUUUCCCCCAGCUAGCAAGUUGGAUCCUAAAGUAUAUGGUAAUCAGACCAGUUCAAUCACAAGGGAGGACAUAGAGAAAAACAUGGAUGAACUAACUGUAGAUGAAGCAAUUGAGUAUAAUAAGCUCUUCAUUUUGGACCAUCAUGAUGCGUUGAUGCCUUAUCUCAGACGGAUUAAUACAACAAAUACAAAGACGUAUGCCAGUCGGACUCUCCUUUUUCUUCAAGAUAAUGGAACAUUGAGGCCACUUGCAAUUGAGUUGAGCUUACCUCAUCCACAAGGAGAUAAACAUGGUGCCACCAGCCUUGUAUUUACACCAGCCGACGAAGGUGUUGAAGGCUCUGUCUGGCAGCUGGCCAAAGCUUAUGCCGCUGUAAAUGACUCUGGCUAUCAUCAGCUCGUCAGUCAUUGGUUAAAUACUCAUGCAGUUAUAGAGCCAUUUGUGAUUGCUACAAAUAGACAUUUGAGCGUACUUCAUCCAAUAUUCAAGCUAUUACAACCUCAUUUCCGCGAUACCAUGUAUAUUAAUGCUUUGGCUCGGCAGAUUCUCAUAAAUGCAGGUGGAGUACUUGAGCUGACAGUUUUUCCGGGUAAAUAUGCCAUGGAGAUGUCUUCUAUUGUCUAUAAGAACUGGGUGUUCACCGAGCAAGGACUCCCUGCUGAUCUGCUUAAGAGAGGAGUAGCAGUGCCAGACUCAAGCCAGCCCUUUGGCCUUAGACUUCUAAUAGAGGAUUAUCCUUUUGCUGUAGAUGGGCUUGAGAUCUGGUCAGCAAUUGAAGCCUGGGUAAAUGACUACUGUUCAUUCUAUUACCCAACAGACGACAUGAUCCAAGAUGAUACUGAGCUCCAGUCAUGGUGGACGGAAGUUCGCAAUGAAGGUCAUGGUGACUUGAAAGAUGAACCAUGGUGGCCUCAGAUGCAGACCCGAGCUGAACUCGCCGAAGCAUGCACAAUUAUCAUAUGGGUAGCUUCUGCUCUUCACGCAGCUGUCAACUUCGGGCAGUAUCCUUAUGCUGGUUACCUCCCAAAUCGCCCAACCGUAAGCCGCCGAUUCAUGCCUGAGCCAGGCACCCCUGAAUAUGCUGAGCUUGAGUCAAACCCUGACCUUGCCUUCCUGAAGACAAUCACAGCCCAGUUCCAAACUCUGCUAGGUGUUUCUUUAAUAGAAAUAUUGUCACGACAUUCUUCAGAUGAGAUAUAUCUGGGACAGAGAGAUACUCCCGAGUGGACCUCAGAUAUUCAACCGCGACAGGCAUUUCAAAGAUUCCAUGACAGAUUAGUCGAAGUGGAGAACAGAAUAGUGGAAAGGAACAAUGACAGCAGAUGGAAGAAUCGCAACGGACCAGUAAAGGUGCCAUAUAUGUUGCUAUACCCCAAUGCCUCAGGUGACAAUAGUGAAAGUGGACUUACUGGAAAAGGAAUUCCCAAUAGUGUCUCAAUUUGAGGUUCUACAGCACGAAUAGCUGAUAUAUAGCUUUUGCAGUCCUCGUCAACCUGCAGAAAUCAUCCGCAACUUAAGCAGGAGUGGCAACAGAUGUGUGUAGAUCUAUUUUUAUGUCAAUAUUUGUUUAGCCAAAUUCCAUUAUUGUUAGUGUGUGUUUUUACAAUAAAAUCAAUGAGCAAAUCCCCUCAUUUUCCCCCACCUUGUAAUCUCUGCUUAAAUGUAAAAAGGUGGAAAUUCAACAGCUUCAUGACUAGGAGCCCAAGAAAAGAAACGGAAGCAAUGGGUCCUUGUUUAUGUCAAACACGUUACAAUAGUAUUUUUUUCUUC